AUGGGUUCCCAAACGUCUCUUCGUCAGAUACUUCUUCAAACCGGCCUUGCUUGGGUUGCGAAUCUCAAUGACCCAGAAGGCAGUUUCAGCAUCGGCCGAACAACAGAUGCCGUGCACACCAUUCUCCCCGCGUCUCUGAACGUGACUCCUCGAAUGAACAACACGGCCAUGACAGAAUUCCUGGUGUCUUCGCUUCCCGGUCUACACAAUUAUUCUACGAUUGAGGUCGGGGACAUGCCUACCAUUAUCGACGAGAAGCAACGCAGAAUCAUUAUGCAUCUUACAGGAUCUGGAGAGACAGACAGAGGGCCAUAUAAAAACGAAUACCUAUGGGUACUUGGUACUACUGAUGACGGAAAACUUAUCAAAGAAUCUUUCGAGUAUAUUGAUUCAUAUCUUUUCACAGAAUACAGUUCUUGA